CUCAGGCUUUCGCUUUCCGUCGGAGGCGCCGGAGGCAGCGGGGCGCGGAGAGGAGGCGCGAGGGCCCAAGGGCGCGACAGCCAGGGACGGCCGGACCCGCCCGCGCUCCCGCCGCCGCACGCAUGGCGCCCGCCGCCCUCUGGGCCACGCUGGCCGUCGGACUGCAGCUCUGGGCCGCGGGGCGCGCCGUGCCCGCCCAGGUUACAUUACUCCCCUACGUUCCGGGGCCUGGAAGCUCAUGCCAACUGACAGAAUACUUCGAUGAGAGGACCCAGAUGUGCUGUAGCAAGUGUCAGCCUGGCUACCAUGCACAGUCGCUGUGCACCGAGACCUCAGAUACCGUGUGUGCCCGCUGCGAGGACAGCACCUACACCAAGCUCUGGAACUGGGUGCACGAGUGCUUGAGCUGUGACUCCCGCUGCACCUCUGACCAAGUGGAGACUCAGGCCUGCACUCCGGAACAGAACCGCGUCUGCACCUGCAGGCCGGGCUGGUACUGCACGUUGAAGAGGCAGAAAGGGUGCCGGCUGUGUGCGCCCCUGCACAGGUGCCGCCCGGGCUUCGGCGUGGCCAGGCCAGGAACUGCAACGUCAAAUGUGGUGUGCGCUCCCUGUGGCCCAGGGACGUUCUCCGACACAACGUCGUCCACAGAUGCCUGCAGGCCCCACCGGAUCUGUGGCUCAGUGGCCAUCCCUGGCAAUGCAACCAUGGAUGCCGUCUGCGCUUCUGUGCCUCCUACCCUGAGGAUGGCCCCACGCCCAGCCCCCACGUCCCAGCCAGCGUCUACACUAUCCCAGCAAGUGGAGCUCACUCCAGGCCCUCGCACGGCCCCUAGCACCUCCCUUCUGUUCGUGAUGGGCCCAACCCCCCCAGCUGAAGGGCUCAGCACGGGCGACAUCUCUCUCCUCAUUGGACUGAUUGUGGCUGUGACAACCUUGGGUCUGGUGAUCAUAGGGCUGGUGAAAUGUGUCAUUAUGACCCAGAAAAAAAAGAAGCCCUUCUGUCUACAAGGAGAAGCCAAAGUGCCUCACCUGCCUGCUGACAAGGCCCGAAGUGCCCCCGGCCCCGAGCAGCAGCACCUGCUGACCACAGCGCCCAGCUCCAGCAGCAGCUCCCUGGAGAGCUCAGACAGCACCGCAGACGGGAGGGCGCCCACCGGGACCCGGCUGCCCGCACCAGGCACGGAGAAGGCCGCCGGGUCUGGGGAGGCCUGGGCCAGCUCCAGCAACUCAGAGCAUUCCUCUGGCAGCCACGGGACCCAGGUCAACGUCACAUGCAUCGUGAAUGUGUGCAGCGCCUCCGACCAUGGCUCUCAGUGCGCCUCCCAGGCCAGCUACACGAUGGGGGACGUGGAUGCCAGCUCCUCCGGCUCCCCAAAUGACGAGCAGGUCCCCUUCUCCAAGGAAGAAUGCCCUUUUCAGUCUCAGCCAGGGGCCCCGGAGACUCUGCUGGAGAACCCAGAGGAGAAGCCCCUGCCCCUUGGUGUCCCUGAUGCUGGGAUGAAGCCCAGUUAGCCAGACUGGCUGGCAUGAGUUGUGUCACGGCCGAGGUGGCUGUUCCCUGGUCCUUCUGGGCCCCCACCCCCCAGGACUCUGGCUCUUUCUGGGCCAAAUUCCUUUAGUGGCCUUCGCAGCCUCAGCCUUCCUCUCACCUGCUGGCAGAAGGGUGAGGCAGGGAGAAUCGUGGAAAACCCGUCCUGCAUGGUGUGCUUCCUUCUAGAAGGCUGGCUGACAUGCACGUGCUGGGCAGCCUGGGGCCGGCGCCUGCCUCUCUGAGAGCUGUCCUCCGGCUGGUCCUGUGAAUUGGGCUUCUGGAGCCCUUAUUUUGUUUUUUAUCCUUGGACGCUUCCCAGCUCUGGCUUCCUGGGAGGCCCCGGCAUCCCGGGGAAGAGGGACUCUGUGUGAGUCAUCCACGGAGAAGGGGCAGUGCUUUAGCCCGAAAUGCUGAGACUGCAGGGUGCUCCCAGCGGGGGCGGGGGAGGGGGAUGUCAUCGAUCAGAUGGUUCUAUUCAGGAGGGGGCGGCCACCCCUGAUGGGGACAGGGGUCCCCCAGUUACCUUGCACCACCUCCAAAUCUAUUCCUGCCAGCUUCGCCUCUUGAACAAUGGUGUGAAAAUGAGACACCCUGAGGGCCCAGCCCAGCGACCUGCACGAGUAUCAUACCUUGGACAAAAUGGCAGACCUCUAACCGAAACAUGGGGCAAUUAAAGAACAAAACAAAAACCCACCACGCAUGCAAACAAGCCCGCAAAACGACAAAGCCGAACUCGAGACUUUGCUGUUCUCUGCUUUUGACCUUCACUCCCGACUUACCUAUAGCUCCGGUGCAAGGCCACACCUCCUAUCAGGGAAUUUCAGGAACCAGAGAUGACUGAGCCUCCCCGCAGCCGUCUCUCUCCUCCUACCUCAGCCUGGACCUUCCUCUGCCUCCCUGGGAGGUACUUCUCCUCCCCUUACCCCCUUCACUGUUCCUGGAGUCCCAGGCCCCAGGGAAACCCACGGGGCCACUUGGGUAUUGUGCCUGCCAUGAUCUCAAGUGGAUGUGGGAUGCUGAGAGCCAGUUUUGUGUGUGUAUAUGUCUGUCUGUCUGUGUCAUGUGCUGUUGAUCUGUGUAACCAUGUUGUUGGGUUGAAUGUCCUGCCUGAAGCAGCUCAAGCCAACAAUUUUGUCAAAGGAUUCUUUUCCAUUAAAAAGUCAGUCCACUUCCCCCAGACACAUGCCCCAGAGCCCCGCAGAGCGUGGACAUGUGUGGCCUUGACUGGAUUCUGGAAGGAAGACGGGGCUCCUGGAGAAGCCAGUUGGGGCCCAGGGACUUGGAUCCCUUGUUGAAAAAUUCCACUGGACUUGAACUUGGCAGCUGAACUUUUGGAAGGUAGGAGAGUCCAGUCAUUACCAUCCAGAGAAAGUAACAGCUUCCCAGAAAAUCCAGAUUCCCCUAGAGUCAGGAUAUUCUACUGCCUGGACUGGCCAGGGUCUCUGCCCACAUUGGACGCCGUGUGGCAAUGGAGCGUGUCUGCCCCCUGGUGGACCAUCCUGGGAGGGCCUCAGGCCUCACUGCCAUUUCCUGGGGAAGCUCUGAAUUGGAAGGAGACCUCUCUGCUUGUGACCUCAGUUCCCAGGCUUGUGUGGAUCCCAAGACAAGAGUUUGCACCGUAUACUGGACAGCGUUCCUGCUUGGAAAUAAACCUUUUGUUUGUUACGCAUUGACUCCUGGCUCUGGCUUCGGGUCUGAGCUGGGGUUUGUCCGUGGUCCUACUUGCCCGCCACCAGCGCGUAAGGGGAGACGUUGCCUUGGCCACUGCGCUGACAGGACCUGAGAAGCACCCCCAGACGCAUAGCUGUCCUUGCUGAGAGCCUGGCUGCUCUCUCAAGCUCCGAAUCACUCAGCUGGCCUCUGAAUAUGCCCUCAUCACAUGCCCUGUCGCCUCAGUGUCCUUAGCCUGCUCUUGGGGUUAACUGGGGUCGUUGCAGACCUUCUUGUCCACACGCAGCCCCCCUGCUCACUUAAGGGAGUAAGGUUCUGGCCUCCAGGAGGCCCCAGUGUGGUGACAUCUGUGAGGCCCGCCACAGGGUGCUCAGAUGAGCUUGGGGACCGGGGAGGUGCAGCUCAGAGAACCGCCACAGGAGGGUUCUGGAGGUGACCUUUGAUCUGUUUCUGAGGUGUGAGCCAGAACAAAGGGUGGGGAGGAGGUUGCAGGCACUUGGAAAGGCCAGGAGGGGAGGGAGACCCAGGCCCUUGAAUUCCUUAAUCCGACCUCUAGAUCACUCACCCUUUUUCCUGGGCCACUGUCACUCCCUCAGCACUACCCUCUUCUUUCUUGGUGAUUUCCUGGGAGGCCUCUCCUCCCGCAGCCCCGCCCUCUACCCUACCCUACCCUAGAGCAGGCUCGGCAAAGUCCACGUGGUAAAUAUUUUCCACUUGGGGGCUCUUACGGUUUCGGUCACAACCACUCAAUUGUGCUGCUGAAGUGAGAGAGCAGACACGGCACAUUCACAAAUGAGGGUCCACGGCGUCCACACCACCAGGGAACCCCCCGCUUCUCAGCAGGCACCUCGAGGUGUCCUACAGAACGGACUGCCUUCUGGAGGCACAGGGUCCCACAGGGUAAGGGCUCAGUCCCACAAGCCUGCGACCACUUCGGACACCAGUCACAGGUCCAGGUGGCCACCUGUGCUUCUGACCGAUGGGCCGUGUGUCAGAGGUUCCCGUGACCCCCUCCUGGAUUUCCAUUUAUUUGCUAGAGUGGCCCACCGGACUCAGGAGACCAGAUUACUUACUCGAUUCCCGGUUUAUUGCAAAGACUCUGGAACAUAAAGAUGGGAGAGUUGCAGAGGGCAAGCUUUACGGGGGGAUGGGCUGGAGCUUCUGGUCCCCCUGGGUGUGUGUCCCCCCGCCCCCACCCCAUCAUGUGUUCACCAACAUGGAGGCUGUCUGAACCCUGCCUUUUAGGUCUUUAUGGAGGCCUUGUUACGUGGGCAUGAUUGAUGAAGUCAUUGGCCAUUGGUGACGGAUUGAACCUCCAGCCCCUCUCCCCACUUAGGAAAUUUUAAGCGUUUGAGGGGCUGUGAGGCCAGAAACAGAGGACGAAGACCAAAUAUAUAUUUCUUAUUAUAAAUCACAAUAGCAGAGGGUAUAAAUUUGGAGUAACUGAGGGCAGCCCCUCCUGCCUCUUCUUUCUUUUCUUUUUUUCUUUCUUUCUUUUUUUUUUUUUUUGAGAAAGAGCUAAUGGGGGAGGGGCAGAGAGAGGGGGACAGAGGAUCCGAAGCCAGCUCUGUGCGGAGAGACUCACAGCAGAGAGCCCGAUGGUGGGGCUCGAACCCAGGACCCGUGAGAUCACAACCUGAGUCAAAGUCAGACACUCACUGCGCCACCCAGGUGCCCCCUCUUUUUCUUUUUUAACCGUGAUGGGGUGAGUGGUUUUGCUAAGGCAGGGCUGGCGUGAGGGGCGGGGGGCGGGUAGGGGGUGACCGCGGUCCUCCUCCGUCUAAUCUUCAUGCAGUCGUCGUUGCUAUCGGGCACUCUGAUGCACCAGCCCAGAAGUCCAAACCCAGGUGCCCAGGUGUGACCACUUCCUGUGUGACCGGAGGGAGAUUAAUUCACUUCUCUGUGCCUCACCCUUAUCUGUAAAAUAGGAUUAAUAUAGUGCUUCCCUCCGAGUUUGGAAUUAUUUGAGUUACUAUCUGUAAAAUGCUUAGAACUAUGCCAGGCACAUUGUAAGUGCUCAAUACAUGCCACUUGCUAUUUUGUGUGUGUGUGUGUGUGUGUGUGUGUAGGUGCUGGGGAUCACGAGUCCAGGGCAGCCAGGGUCCUUGUCCAGAGCUCACAAGCUAGGAAGGGCUAUGUGAAGAAAUACAUGUAGGCCACGCCAGGUGACAGUAAGUGCUGAGAAGCUAGCCUGUGGGGUGGGUUGAGGAAGGCUUCUCCGAGGAGCUGGUGUUUGAGCAGAGGCCUCGCUGAAGGGAGGGCAGCACAGCCUUGGGACUCAGGGUAGGGCAGGACAUGAGGUCGUGGGGGUGGCUUCAGAAACCACAGAAAGGAUGUAGGGUUUUAUGUUUUGGCGUGUUGGAGGAGUCCAGGGAGUGUGAGAAGUUCCUUUUUUUUCCUUUCUUUCUUUUUCUAACAUUUUCUUUAUUUCUGAGAGAGACUGCAAGCGGGGGAGGGGCAGAGAGAGGGGGACAGAGGACCCAAAGCUGGCUCUGAGUUGACAGCAGUGAGCUUGACUCAGGGCUCAAGUCAGGAGAUCACGACCUGAGCCCAAGUCAGACGCUGGAUGGACUGAGCCACCCAGGCGCCCCUGGAGUGUGAGGAGUUCCUUAAAUUGUCUGGUCUGCAACUUGGGCAACUGAGCUUCAGUUACUUUAUCUCCAUAACUGCCCCAGGAGAUAGGCAGAGUACCCAUUAUCCCUGCUGUGCAGAGGAGGGCACCCAGGGGUGGGGCCGGAGGUUUGAUUUUUAUCUAGAGUCAAGUUGGGAGGACAGCCUGUUCCCUGUGGGAGGCUCCUGAUAACCGCCUCCUUAGAAUUUCACCAAAAAGUCAACUGAGGCCUGGGUUUAAAGGGCAAGUUCUCUCUCUCUCUCUCUCUCUCUCUCAGUCUCUCUCUC